AUGUUUCUCCACUUUUUCUCCCCCUUUCAUCUUUCAACUUUUAUCCAACACCAUACGCCUUUCUUUUUCUCGUUUAUUACCCCAUUCAUAUCUUUUAUUACAAUUGCAUGUCCACACAUUUGUCGUAAGAAAACAUUUUCAGUAAUUAAAGGCGUAUUUGCUUUCAAAUCUCGCGCCUCUUUCCUCUCACUUAUUCGUUCGCAUGUCCGCUUUUUAUUAACCCUUCCCUCUCUUGAUUGUCCUUGUCACAACCAACGGACAAAAAGCUGGGCAUUUUCAUCAGUUUUCUCUUUCAACACAAAGGUUUUUUUUUUCUUAUUUCAUUUCUUCUUUCUUUGCUUGUCACCUGUCUAUAAGUUUGUUUCUUCUUUUCCCCUCCUGUUUCUUUUUUUUCGGCCUCCUCCUUCUCAUCAUGUUUCUUUCUUUCUUUCUUUCUUUCUUUCUUUCUUUCUUUCUUUCUUUCUUAUUCUUCUAAUUCUUAACUAUUCUUUCUCUUUCUUUCUUUCUUUCUUCCUUUCUUUCUUUCUUAUUCUUCUAAUUCUUAACUAUUCUUUCUUUCUCUUUCUUUCUUUCUUUCUUUCUUCCUUUCAUUCUUUCUUAUUCUUCUAA